AUGUCUUCACAGGAAGACAACGACCAGGCUAACAAGCUAACCAAGGAGUCUACCGAACAGAAGAAAGAUGGAAAGAAUGACGACAAGCAGAAAGGAGUUCUGCCACGAUGCUCAGCAUCGCUUCCUUUUCGCCCACAGGCGCCGUCAAGUGGUCCUUCGCAGACUCAGUCUGCACAGCCGACAGUCCCACCUACCGCGGCCAGUGCUUCGGCUGCCAAUCCCUCGUCUUCAACAGGGGCCACACCAACCAUGUCUACAGCGACCGCUCAGCGCCCCCCUCGCCGAGAUUUUGUACCUCCACACCUUAAGGGUAUUCCCAUUCAAGGCCCAGUAUCUCAGUCUAUCAAUGCACCUGGCGGUGCCCACCUUACAGCUGUUGGACCACAAUCUGUUCCAACAUCGGGCGGGUCUCCUGCCCCUAUGGCUACCACAUCACAUGGAGCCAACGCGAUCAUAACGACUUCAUCCUCUGGUGGAAAUCAUCCGACCUUGUCAUCGCCACAAGUCGCUGCGGCUUCUUCCGACAGUGCUGCACCACUGAUCUCGGCGACUGGCAGCACCUUUCAACCCAGCUCAGGCAAUGCAGGAUCAACUGAUCCAUCUGAAGCGAACACGACAGCGAUAGCAUCUUCGACAUCUUCAAGCGCGCUCCCUGCCAGCUCGGGAUUGACUCAAAUUGCCACGGCUCCUUCCAGCGCUCGACUAGCACGAGUGUCAGCUACCGGCAAAACAUACAUUCCUCUACAUGCUCGAAAAGGUACGAAUGCUACGGCCACUGUUCCGGUCGCUCCACAUCCUGGCACCAGCUCGACAACUGUCCCCUCCAUAUCACAGUCAUUGUCGAGCGAUGUACAGAAUCCAUCGGCUGGAGAAGCUGCAUCCAACAUCACAAAGUCCUCUUCCUCCACGCUGAUUGAGGAUCAAUCCAGCAAGGUUCAGCCUUCCACGACGGCGGUCACUCCAUCAGCCGUCAUUGUUGCUGGCCAGCCGAGCAAUACCAAAAGUAUCAAGACGCAGAAGCCGCCGCGUCCGACGUUCUUCGAUGCGAAAUAUGCCGCCGCAGCGGCAAGUGCACAGAAACCCAUGAACAACGUGCCGCUUCGCGUGAAUCAGUUCGAAAUCGAUAACUCAUCACUGGGCGAAAUCUUCUACGUCUACACUGUGAGCCUGCCUCAGGUCAGUGGGCGGGACGUCACGAAUAUCGCUGUAAAGAAGAUCAUGAUGGCCGCAAUUUUGUCGCCUGUGCAGCCUUGGGCGGCUGCAGUGGCUCGCCAGGAGCUUUUUUCUGAUUAUAUCAACACGGUCAUCACAAGGAAGCCUCUGUCGGAACUGAGUGGUGGCGCUUUGACGCUCAAUGACGCCGGCGAAAUAAGGACGAGCAUUGACUUCCAGAAUCAGGCUCUCAACACUAUGGACACCAACCGUCCUGUCUUGAUCAAGCUUUCUCAGACGCUCCUCUUACCUGAACUGCUAGCCUACUGCGCAGGUCAGCAGCCAUCCAACUUCAAUUUCAGCGAGUACACUAAAGCUGCCAACAUCCUGGUGAGGCACUUUGCGACUACUGCUCAGGUUUCAGUGGGACAAAACAGGAUCUUUCCGAGGGGCAAUCAGCCACGACUGAACUCAGGUCUUCUGCCGAGGAUCGGUUUCUUCAACUCAGUCAGACCCUUUAAUGGAUCGGUGCGACUUCAACUGAACACCUCGGCCGCAGGAUUCUAUUCCGACAAAAACUUGCUCGACUUUCUUGACGCCUUUAUCAUAGGCUUUGAUCCGAAUGACGAGAGGAGCAUUCACAAGAGUUGGCCGGAAGUCUGGGGCGCGAUCAAGGGACUUAAGGUCCGCUUGCUUUACACACCGCCAGAUCUCGAUUCCACCACUGCGGCGCCACGUCCCAAGAUUGCCGCAGCCCAAGGAAGGCUGAAGACCAUUUGCGGUUAUGGCGAAGCCGUGGAUGCUCAGAUAUUUCAAGAUCGCCGUACCGGAGGUCAUCCAACCGUCAAGCACUACUUUGAGGCCAGUGUGAUCAACUUUCCGCUCCAGCACCCUAAACUACGGGUCGUAAAUGUCGGCGACGACGAGCGGAAAGUGUGGGUGCCCAUGGAGCUUCUCUCCAUCGAAGCACAUCAAGCUUUCUCCAGUCCACUACAGCAGCGUGACAUGGACAAAAUGGCCAAGCUAUCCUGCACAGAUCCUGGAACAAAUGUGCAGCGCAUACAAGAGAUCGGUCUUCCGCUCCUCGGACGGCCAGCCCUGGAGACCAACAAUGUUCUCACGAUCUCGCCUCUCAUGUCUGAGGUCAAAGGCAGGAUACUUCCUGUUCCUGCAAUUCGGUACCAUGUCCCAGUGUUGCCAAAUGACAAAGUCUCGACGGCGAAAGGCAAAUGGAAUCUCGCAAAUAAAUCAUUCCAUACUGGGAGUACGCUCGGUAGACUCCAGGUUAUUCAAGCGGGAAACACCCCGGGCGUUUCGAAGGACGCCUGCGAUGCUUUCGUGGAGGAGCUCAACAGGCUCGGUGUCACGACUACACUGGGGAACUGGCGACGUGCAGCAACGGCAUCGGAUGAAGACCUCUUCGAGGCCUACAAAGGUAACGAUGGCAAGAUUGUCUUAGUCAUCGUACCAGACACCAGUGCUGAGGUCUAUGCCCAAGUCAAAGCUUGGGGGGAACUCCGCGCUGGUGUUCAUACCGUUUGUGUCACCUAUGGCAAGAGUCUCAAGUUGGAAAAGGACCUCGGCUUCCAAUCAAACCUCGCAUUGAAAUUCAACGCCAAGCUUGGUGGGAAGAAUCACGUCCUCGUCGACAACCUCACCAAAUGGCUACCCAAAAGUGCUGAUACCAAAGGUGGCCAGACCAUGGUAUUGGGGGCAGAUGUCGCACAUCCAGGUCCAGCAAGUCUGCGUUUCUGCCCAUCCAUUGCUGCUGUCGUGGCCAGCAUUGAUCACCAAUGUAUUACUUUCCCAGGCUCCAUGCGCUUGCAGGCUAGUAGACAGGAGCAGAUUGCGGACAUAAAGCAGAUGGUGCAAGAACGACUGCAAGCUUGGUACGACCACAAGGCCAAUAUGAAAACUUUGCCGACACGGUUGUUAUUCUACCGCGAUGGUGUGAGUGAGGAUCAGUUCUCGAUGGUGGUCAAGAAAGAGUUUCCUCACAUUGAGCGGGCCUGCCAAGACGUCGCCCAGGCCAACAAUGUCAAUGGAUACAAGCCCCAGAUCACACUCGUGGUCUGCACGAAGCGUCAUCAAACCAGGUUCUACCAACCAGCCAAGAUAAGCGACCCGGAGAAGAGAUUCUUCCUCCCUAGUGGAAACGCCAAGCCAGGACUGCUUGUGGACGAUCCUUCCGUCAGGCUUCCGAACCACUUCGACUUCUACCUACAGGCUCAUAACGCGCUGAAGGGCACCGCAAAGCCUUGCCACUACUUUGUGUUGAAGAAUGAUAUGAAUCUUACAACCCACCAACUGCAGAUGAUCACCAACAGUCUGAGCUGGGUGUACGCAACUUCGUUGACGCCCAUUUCCAUGGCGGCACCUGCAUACUACGCCGACAAGCUUUGCGAGCGUGGCCGAUGCUACAUACGGCCACUUUUGCUAGGUUCUCACCCGAAGCGCCCAAAUAUCGACGAUGUCAUGCAGGGUGCUCCUCAAGGCGCAAACGAGGAUGCGAAGAAAGGCCAUGUUGUACAGUACUUCACGGGACACCAGGAAUUCUGGCCUGGUGAUGGUGCAAACCCUUGUGCGACGGAUGUGAAGGACACUAUGUUCUACAUCUAG